UGAUGGUCUUAGGUAUGUCAUACUUGGGGAUGGUUGCCAAAUGGAAGGUGUUGCGAAUGAGGCAGCCUCACUUGCUGGUCAUUGGGGUCUCGGAAAAUUGAUUGCCUUCUAUGAUGAUAAUCAUAUAUCAAUAGAUGGUAGUACGGAUAUUGCUUUCACUGAAGAUGUGCUUGCUCGAUAUGAGGCCCUAGGAUGGCAUACUAUCUGGGUGAAGAAUGGAAACACUGGUUAUGAUGACAUCCGUGCAGCUAUAAAAGAAGCAAAGGAAGUUAAAGAUAAGCCAACUCUUAUCAAGGUGACUACUACAAUUGGUUAUGGUUCUCCUAACAAGGCAAGCACCCACAGUGUCCAUGGCAGCGCUCUAGGUUCCAAAGAAGUUGAGGCAACCAGGAAAAAUCUUCUCUGGUCGCAUGAGCCGUUCCAUGUCCCUGAUGAGGUGAAAAGGUACAUUGUAGUUCAAGGUGAACCUAACCUGUAGAGAUUCGUAAUCUCAAAUAGAUAACUCUGUUAGAAAUUCAAACUAGUACUCGCUCCGAUCCAUAAUAAGUGUCGUGAUUUUAGUUCAAAAUUGAACUAAAACCAUGGCACUUAUUAUCGAUUGGAGGGAGUAGUUCUUUUUUUAGAGUUCUUCUGGAUGUUCCAUGCUUCGUACAGUCUUGACAUGGUUUUUAUUUCUGAUGAUGUUU